AUGUCCCUGGCCUUCAAGGGCCACUUUGUGCAGAACAGCUGCCAUCCCUUCUACGCGGGCUUCCGCAAGAUCGCCCGCUUCCACCGAUACAUCGGCACCUGCUUUCUGGAGAACCUCAAUUCUAACGACUACAGGGAUGUUCGCUGCAACCGCCGCAGCUUCUACCUUAUCUAUUUGAUCUCCCUCUGGUCAUUCAUACUGGGCAUCGCCGUAGGUGCCUACGUGGCCACAAUCGAACCCAGGAGGAGGAUGAAGGACACGGACCGGCUCAACACCACCAUCUACAUCCUGUUCCUUACUUCGGUGAACGUAGAAGCCGUCAUAAACAAUUUCUUGAUGUUCGUCAAGGCGCCUAAAUUCGUGGAACUGCUGCAUCUUUGCGCGAAGAUCGAGAUGAACAUCGGGACUCCGCCUUACGUACAACAUGACACGAUCAGCUUCACCUGGAAGAUCAUGGCGUUCCAGGCUGUCCUUUCCUGUUGCAACUUCGUGCUGAACAUCAUUUCCGACUUCGGCACUGCGUUAGUGUUGAGCGCCGAGGGCCAAGUGAGCGUGGACGUCAUGGUCAUCGGCAUCCUCUACUCCAUCCUGGGCGUCGUGUACGUCUCCAGUCUCUGUCUGGUCACCCGACUUUGGAUGACGUACUUCUCCAAGGCCUUCACGCUCUACCUCAGCUGCAUCUACAGGAAUUUGGACCAAUGUCUGCGGUCUAGAAGCACUCCAGAGAGCAGGAAGGUGAGCCUGGUCGAUCACACCCGGGUCCAGCUGACGCUGCUGAAGAACUGCGCGGACCUGGCCAGCUCCCUUCUUGGGCCCAGCCUACUGUACGCUUACGCCUACAGCGUGGCUCUUCUCUGCGCCGCCGCUUACUACACCAUCAUCCCCGAGCUGAGCAACAAGAUUCGACUCUUCUUUCUGUGCUUCGGGGUUCUGCACUGGAUCAGCAUCCUGCUCCCCACAGUGAGCGCGCACCGCAUCAAAGGGGCGGUGAUUGAACUUCGAAGCAUUGUUCAGGGAGUAUCGAUGGCUGACUUUUCGGACGACUUGCUCGCGCAGCUAAGAAUGAUGUUAAAUAGCAUCAGGCACGACGACCUCAAGUUCACCGGUUGUGGAUUCUUCGUUGUGGACCUCUCGACGUUUGCGGACAUCAUGGGAGCCGUGAUCACGUACACGGUCGUACUCGUUCAAACCAACGACAGCUACCUGAAAGGUUCGCUGGAACACUGUCUGGAAAACAGCACCAUCAUAUAA